AUGGCGACCAUCAACGGCUUCAACCCGGAGCAAGUCAUCCUGCUCCCUCAGAAGGGCCAGCUCCUCACCUUGAUGACCAUCAUCCGCGAUGUCAACACCACAGGCACACUUUUCACCUCGACGGUGCAGCGCGUCGCCCGCCAGCUGCUCACACUCGCCGUGGACUCCGUCCCCCUUGCACAGGAAUUCGUGGAAACCCCCGUCGGCAAGCAAUAUGCCGGCUGGCGCCCAGACCAGGAGAUCUGCGGCGUGAGUAUCCUCCGUGCGGGAGCCAGCAUGGAACAGGCCCUCCGGGAUACCUGGGUCGGUCCGUUGAGUUUUGGAAAUAUCCUCAUCCAGCGCGACGAGGAGACGUUCCUGCCGCAGUAUCUGUACUGCAAGCUUCCCUCGCAGAUUCCGCAGUGUCGUGUACUGCUCCUUGAGCCGAUGCUUGCUACCGGUGGCUCGGUGAUCAAGGCGGUGGAGUUGCUGAUCGAGAAGGGCGUCCCGGAGAACCAGAUCAUCUUGUGCAACGUAAUUGCGUCGAAGCAGGGUCUCGAGAAGGUUACUGCGCGGUUUGGGAUGUUGAGGAUCAUCACGGCUGCAGUGGACGAGAACAUGACAGAGAAGAACUAUAUCAGUCCUGGAUUGGGUGACUUUGGCGACCGGUACUAUGGCACAACGGGGUGA